AUGAUGAACAGACCGCCGCAAGGUCGUGGUCAGCCACGACUUGGUGCUACAUGGUAUCCAGGGGGUCAGGAUGACUUCUACAUGCCGGAAGUCAUAUCCCCCUCUCCUCAGAGGGUCAUGCCUGAAGUGCCCCAGACCAUGCAGCACAACAUCGCCCACCUCGAACACGAAGCGCGCAACCCGCACCGCAGUCAGUACGGGCAAGUACAAUACGACCGGGCGCAGUACCCUCAGCGGACCUCUUCCGCCGCCGUCGUUCACGGACCUCAGUCAUCUUCAGGUUACGAUGCUGGUGUCUAUGAACAGUCUGUUGUCUAUGACACGAUGGAUCAGCCCAAUUUCUCUCCGUUCCCCAUUUUGCGCAACCCGCCGCCAAAUGUCCCUCCCACCGACGAGCAGAGAGAAGCAAGUCUAGAGACUGCUAGGAUGGCGGUUUUGUCUUCGAACGACCCGGAGAUGCAGCUGGCCUGGGCGCAGGACGCGCUGGCAUAUGUCGAGGUCGCGAUACAGAAUGAGGCCCGUCUGGCACUGGUUGAACCUCCGCGCCCCCAGACGCCGCCAGUAGAGCAUCAGCUCAAGGCCGAUGCCAUGAACAUCGUGCGAUUUUUGGCGGACCAGUUCCACCCCAAGGCCGACUUCAUCAGAGGCAUGUGGCGUGAAUUUGGCAAGUUUGGCUUUGCCGUGGACAAAAAAGAAGCAUUCCGCGCCUACUCGCGAGCGGCAGAGAAGGGUUACGCCAGGGCUGAGUAUAGAAUUGGCAUGCAAUUUGAAAGUGCAGGCGAACCUGAAAAGGCUAUUCGGCAUUACAGAAAAGGUGUCAACCUGGGUGAUUCCGCUUCAUACUAUCGUCUCGGUAUGAUGAUGCUUCUUGGUCAACAUGGCCAGUCGCAAGACUACCAGAUGGGCCUGGAUUACAUCCACUAUGCUGCGGAGUCCUGUGACGAGAAUGCCCCUCAGGGAGCCUAUGUCUAUGGUAUGCUUUUGGCGCGUGAAUUAAAUCAAGUGAGCGUUCCUGAGCAGUUCCUCCCCCUCGAUCUUAAUGCUGCUCGCGUCAAUAUCGAAAAAGCCGCAUAUCACGGAUUCGCCAAAGCCCAGGUGAAGAUUGGCGCCGCGUACGAGCUGUGUCAGCUCGGUUGUGAUUUUAAUCCUGCAUUAUCCCUGCAUUAUAAUGCUCUGGCUGCACGUCAGGGUGAACCGGAAGCGGAGAUGGCAAUUAGCAAGUGGUUCCUUUGCGGACACGAGGGAGUAUUCGAAAAGAACGACGAGUUGGCUUUCAAAUACGCCCAACGCGCCGCUCAGAGCGGUUUCCCUACUGCUGAAUUCGCCUUGGGAUACUUCUACGAAGUUGGAAUCUGUGUGCCUGUCGAUAUCAAGGAGGCUAGAAGCUGGUACUCUAAAGCCGCGGCAAGUGGGAACAAGGAUGCGACAAACCGGAUCGAUAGUAUUUCUCGGUCCAAGACGUUGUCCAAGAAGGAUCACGAAAAGGUCGCUAUUGCUAGGAUUAAAUCUCGGUAUGGAUCUCAGCGACCCGGCAAUCUAGGGCCAACACCGGAAAACAUUGAAAUGCCCGAUCCCUCAAAAAUGAGUCUUUCUGACAACAGCCCUGCUUCAUCUGCGGCACCUUAUCCCGACAGGCCAAGCUCCAGGGCUCGGCCGCCCUAUGGAGCUGCGAUGCCGGAUCCCCGGCCAAGCUCUGCAUUCACGAUCAACCCCAACAUUCGCGCUAAUGCGCCCCCUUACAACCGAGCUGCGUCCUAUGGGGCAGGGCCCAUGGGCCACCGUCAACCAAGCGGCACCAGAACACCAACCACCGCCACCGCCCCUACGAGCCCGUCGAGUAUGCGCAGCCCUUCGGCCACGCCUAAACUCGAUGUCGGCUACUCGGCACCCUUGGAGUCUCCAGGGGCUGAUCCUCGCCGCCGGCCUCCGCGUCUUGAUGGGGCUCCUGAUCGGAAGCCUGCAAGAACCCCUGUUUCUCCGCCCUCGCAAGGCUCUGUGGCUUCCCCUCGACCAGCCAUAUCAUCGCCGUCUGCUGCUUCCUUUUCUUCACAGUCUGUCCAAACGCCAGCCAAAGAAUCUGCGCCAUCCACACCUAAGCCGCCGACUUCCUCUUCUUCGACUUCGGCAAGCCAGAAGCCCGGACUGCCGGGCAAAGGUCCCAAGACGUUUGAAGAGAUGGGAGUUCCUACUGUCCAGAAGGACAACGAUUGCAUUGUCAUGUGA